GCAGCCGCAUCUCCAACUCCAACCAUUGCAAGCAGCAGUACAAAAAAAGGAAAGCUACCAGCAAUAUGUGCACCUCAAAGUCAAAGCUCAUUGCAGCCGUUCUUCUCGCAGCAGCUGCCCUCCCCCUCCAUGCCCCAACGACCAUGGCAGCAAACUCCAACCUCUUCCGCGACUACAUCGGCGCCAUCUUCAACGGUGUCCAGUUCAGCGACGUGCCGAUCAACCCCGAUGUCGAGUUCGACUACAUCCUCGCCUUCGUCAUCGACUACUCCACCGAAACCGAUCCUCCUUCCCCGACGAAUGGGCAGUUCAGCAUCUUCUGGCAGGACUCGGUGCUGACGCCCUCCGCGGUGGCCGCCAUCAAGCAGAGCAACCCGAACGUGCGGGUGGCCGUCAGCCUCGGCGGCGCCACCGUGAACAACAGCCCGGUGUUCUUCAACGUCACCUCCAUCGACUCCUGGGUCCAGAACGCCGUGUCCUCCCUGACCACCAUCAUCCAGCAGUACAACCUGGACGGCAUCGACAUCGACUACGAGCAGUUCCAGGAGGACCCGGCCACCUUCGCCGAGUGCAUCGGCCGCCUGGUGACCACGCUCAAGAGCAACGGGGUGAUCAAGUUCGCCUCCGUCGCGCCGUUCGCCGACGCCGACGUGCAGAGCCAUUACCAGGCGCUGUGGUCGAGCUACGGGAUUAGCGUGGUAGACUACAUCAACUUCCAGUUCUACGCGUACGACGCGAGCACAACCGCGGAGCAGUACGUGAACUACUUCGACGAGCAGAUGGCGAACUACCCCGGCGGCAACAUCCUGGCCAGCUUCACCACGGCGCCAACGACGACCUCGGUGCCAGUUGACACGGCGCUCAGCGCCUGCCAGACCCUGCAGUCGCAGGGAAAGCUCUACGGCAUCUUCGUCUGGGCUGCGGAUUACUCCAAGGACCAAGGGUUCAAGUACGAAACACAGGCACAGGCACUGUUGGCCAACAGUACGUAGUACAUAGCUUGGACCUUAUUAGCUUGCUUCGACUAGUUACAGCAAUACCAAUAAUACUACAGUGUUAUAUGGAACAAAAAUGUUGUAGCAAGAAUAUAAUGGAGAAUAAAAUAAAUCUCUUGUCAGCAGCUAUGCCUGUGACACUUUGUUAAGAUAUAUAUGAUGCAUGUG